GAAUUUAACCCAUCUCACAGAUAUAUUGCUCAAUAUAGUUUAAGAGACGAGAGGUUGACUUUGAACCCUGAAAAAUAGUUCAUCGUUCCAAUUCACACUUUCACCUUGGUCACAUGCGAAUCAGAGUACAUGCGCUAUCCACAAGGGAACAGCGACAAAAAGAUUUGCAAUUAUAAUACUUUGACACGGUUGAGCGAAGCGUGAUCACACCACCUUUUGAGUGAAUCGAGCGAGCGGGAAUAUUCUUCGCUCACCCGGGCAAGUUCCAUUAGCUGAAGAAUAGAGCUUCUAGGAUGGGUAUGACCUUAGCCGAAUUUGUGGCGUACUUUGUCAGUGGUAUCUUACGGCUCCAAUCGACACCCGUGGUUGUAUUGUACCUUGGAAUUGUAGCACUUUCGCCACUUUGGAUCCGUAAUGUUCGCGCUCUUGAAUUUCGCAAGGUUCUUGUGGUGUACAACUUUGCAUGUAGCCUGGUCAGUUUGUAUUCCGUAGCCUUUGUCGUCUUUGGACUUGCUAGGAACUGGCCUCACUCGCUUUUUAGUCGUAAAGAAGAUCCGCUUAUAACUCAUGCUAUCUGGGUGUAUUACAUGACGAAGUAUGUCGAGCUUCUGGACACAGUCUUCAUGAUUCUCAGACACCGGCAGCGCCAAAUAUCUUUUCUUCAUGUGUAUCAUCACCCCAGCAUUCUGAUGGUGAGUGAAUACGCCUACACGUACGGACGGUGGCCAGCGGUCUCUGUCACACUUGGCAUGAACGGAAUUAUUCACGUGUUUCUGUAUUACUACUAUGGCAUAUGUGCCCUGCAGCCCGGAAAGAGACCCGCUUGGAAGAAACAGCUAACUCAGCUUCAACUAAUUCAGUUCAUGGUCGGACUGUGUCACUUGACCGUAGGGUACCUCCACCAUGGGUGGUGUGCUUACGGAAUCUGGUACGAAUUGACCAUGGUCUGGCUAUUUUCCCAUUUUUAUUAUCAAGCCUACAUCAAAGAAAGGGUCAGCGUCAAAAAAAUAGAGUGAAUUCUUUUUACACACCAAUGGAUGUAAACGCUUUCUGUCGUGGGGCAACGCCGGUUUCCUAUCUUCUUGCGAAGAAAUCAUGUUAAAUUCCUUACGCUAACGAGAAUUUGUGGAUUUUAAUGAAACCAAAUUGUUUGAAUUAAAAUUUUGGACGGAAUUCCAUAAAGGAAUUGGGGGAUACCAGAAGGUUUGUGUUAGCAGUCAAUUAAACUUAAAGUGAUCUGCUCCAUUUACAAGACUGCAAGCAGUGAAAUAACGCUAAAAUAAAUUGAAAUAAAAGCCAUUGCACUCUUUAA